AUGUCAAUUACUAAAACAUACAAUGGUGAUCCUACAUCACUUGUACCAACUCAACUGGUAAAAGAAUCAUUAAGACUAAUUGAAGAUUUAAAAUUCUUUUUAGCCACUGCUCCAGCAAAUUGGCAAGAGAAUCAAGUGAUUCGAAGAUACUAUUUAAACCACGAUGAAGGUUUUGUCAGUUGUGUUUAUUGGAAUAACUUAUAUUUUAUCACUGGUACCGAUAUCGUCCGUUGUAUCGUUUAUAAAUUUGAACAUUUUGGAAGGAAAAUCAUUGAUCGGAAAAAGUUUGAAGAAGGUAUUUUCUCCGAUUUAAGAAAUUUGAAAUGUGGCGCCGAUGCAAUUUUGGAACCUCCUCGUUCAGAGUUUUUAGAAUUCUUAUUUAAAAAUUCUUGUUUGAGAACACAAAAGAAACAAAAAGUGUUUUUUUGGUUUAAUGUUCCUCAUGAUAAGUUAAUGGCAGAUGCCUUGGAACGAGAUUUGAAAAAGGAAAAAAUGGGUCAAAGACCAACAACAAUGGCCCAUCGAGAACCAGCAUUAUCAUUCCAUUACGACGAGUCUUCCAGUUUAUACACUCAAUUGGGUAAACACAUGGAAACUCAGAAGAGAAUCAACGACGCAGCCACAAGCUCUACUUCUAAUACUGCUACCACUUUAACCGACACCGGUGUAUCCUCAGGAUUGAAUAAUACCACUUCUGGUGGCGGCAGUGAUAGUGCAACCUCCACACACAACAACAAUGAGGCAUCGACCAAACCAAGUAAUGGCAGUGAAAAAUCGUCACCGGAGUACACUACAACUGCCCGCGGUAGAGAUGAGUUUGGAUUCCUUAAUGAAGCCACACCAAGUCAAUACAAAGCCAAUUCAGAUUAUGAAGACGAUUUCCCAUUGGAUUAUAUCAAUCAGACCACUCAAAAUUCUGAAGAUUAUAUUACUUUGGAUGCAAAUUAUCAGGCAGGAAGUUAUGCAAAUAUGAUCGAAGACAAUUACGAUUCAUUUUUGGAUGCAACACUAUUUAUACCUCCAAGUCUUGGCGUACCUACAGGUACAGCUGCGACUGCAACAACAUCAAACCAAGUUGCCUUCAACGACGAAUACUUGAUUGAACAAGCCCAACCAAUAAGGACUCCACUACCCCCAAUAUCAUCAUCAACAAUAUCCGGAUUAUUACAACCAAAAUCAGCUGCUAAAUUCUUUUCACUACAGAGUGCUAAUGGUGGAGAAGAAUUUUUCCCUGCUUAUCAAAAUGACCCAUCUACUGCUAAUGCCGGGUUUGUGCCGCCAAUUUCAGCAAAAUAUGCAACUCAAUUUGCUACUCGACAAGUCGCCACCCCAACCUAUAUAAAGGCAAUACCGCAAACUGGUGCUGCUGCUGCCACUGGUAAUGGUGGUCAACCACAACAAUAUUAUGACCAGGCAACUGGUAAUGCUUUUUACCCAGCAGAAAUACCGGUGCUGUACAAUGUUGUCCAUCCUGAAAGUGAAUAUUGGACCAAUAAUUCUGGUGCAGUUGCUACUACUGCUGCUGCCACUGCUCCAAUGUAUGACGCUUCUGGGUUUCCUAUACCUAUUAACCAAUCAUAUAUGGUAAUGAAUGAACACGAAAUGGUACCUUAUCAAUACAUGAAUUCCAAUGGUGCUAUGAUUGGCAUGAUUCCACCUCACCAACAACAACAGCAACAACAACAACAAAUUGCCAUGGGAUAUCAAAGCAUGUUGAGACAACAACAACAACAACAGCAGCAGCAGCAGCAACAACAACCUUCUUCUACAAUGACUAAAAAGAAAAAGCAAAUCCAUUCGUUCAAUAAUAACAAGAGUUUAUCAUCUAAUGGCGGUGGCAUUACCAAGAAAUCACACGAUAAUAAUAAUCAUAGUAAAGUUAAAACUCUGUACGGAUCAUUAAAUGAUGUUGUGAAUUCCAAAGUCACCAAAGUGAUCAAUAAAGAAGAAGUAAAACAGUCACAAACAUAG